CACCGGACAUGCUGCGGCGCCUGUCUUACCUCCAGGACUCGGAGCUCGUGGCCCGGUUCCAGAGGCGAUGCGGACUCGUCCUCGUCGAAGCCGCGCGUCCCGAUCGCGGCGGCCCCGAACCGCGUGGUGGACCUCCGGAGGAAGGAAGACCCGAUCCCCGGGAUGAGAAGGACCCCUCUGAAGACCAGGAGCGCACAGCAUGCGGCCGACCUCGGUACGAGGUGAGGAACUGGCCUCUGCACUUCCUCUUCCUGCUGUCGGCCGGCCUCGGGCACGAGGUCUUCUACAUCACCUGCCUGCCUUGCAUCCACUGGAGCCUGGACCCGUUCCUGUGCCGCCGGCUCGUCAACAUGUGGACUCUGGUGAUGUACGUCGGCCAGGUGAUGAAGGACGUGCUGAAGCUGCCGCGCCCUCUAUCGCCCCCUGUGGUCAAGCUGGAGACGCGCGUCGACGCCGAGUACGGGCUGCCCUCCACGCACGCCAUGGCCGCCACCGCCAUCUCCUUCACGGUGUUACUGAGCGCUCCGUCCAGGAUACAGUUCCAGUUCGAGGUGGGUCUGCUGAUCGCACUGACGCUGUCGUCUCUGGUGUGUCUGAGCCGCCUCUACACGGGCAUGCACUCAGUUCUGGACGUGGUCUGCGGCGCCCUGAUCUCCGCCGCCAUCCUGCUCCUCACCUACCCGUACUGGGAGGCCUUCGACCGCCUGCAGCUCACCAGCCGCGUGUCCCCCGUCGCCGCCCUCUCGCUGCCCCUCCUCCUCAGCUACACGUACCCGGCGGCGGCCCGCUACAGCACCACGCGGGGGGACACCACCACCAUCCUGGGGGCCGGGGCCGGGUCCUCGGUGGGCUACUGGGUGAACCAGCAGCUGGGGCAGACCUUCGAGCCCCGGGGCCGGCUGCCCGUGCCCUUCCCCGCGAUGACGGCGGGCGCCCUGGCGCUGGGCGCCGCCCGCUUCCUCGUGGGGGGCGCGGCGUUGCUGGGAACCAGGCAGGCCGCGAAGACGCUGAGCCUGCGCGCGCUGUACUCGUGGUACGGCGUGCCGAGGAGCGACGGCGACGCCCGGAGGCGCCGGGAGAUCGAGGUGCCGUACAAGUUCGUGACCUACACGGCGGUCGGGCUCGUCAACUCCAUUUUAGUCAACCGGGUCUUCGUCCUGCUGGGGAUACUAUGA